AUGCGGGCGAAGCUCCGCAAGGCUGGCAAGAGCGGCUGGGCCAUCAGCGCAGCGAGUCAAGGCAGCCAGCUUGUUGCGGAUUCGAAGAGGUUUGAAGCUAAAUGUUCGAGCAUGAUCGCAGGCAAAUUGACUGCCAUUAUUCCUGGUAAGCUGGAGGAGAACGGGAUUCAGUUCGAGAUGUGUCAGGUCCAUUGCACUACGAUGGGCUUCUUUAUCAUUCGUUGCGACGUUCUCGAGGUGGAUCUGAUCAGGACCGUCACUGUCACGGUGGCAGACGACUGCGUGUUGCUGGUGCUGGAGCGCGCGGGCUUCGAGGCAGCGAUCGCCGCCGCCGGCGGCGAGUCCAGGCUACCGAUUCUGGAGGACGCCAGGGAGAUGCAAAACCUGAUGGCCGACCGCGACGCAUUCGGGCAGAUAUCGUGUUUCAGGAACCUGGACCACGACUUCGUCAUGACCCUCUUUGAGACCCUCGAGCCUCGCGUGGUCUAUCCGGGGAUGGUGCUCAUGAAGGAGGGCAACUACGGCAACGAAAUGUACAUUCUCCAUAUUGGAGAAGUUAAGGUCGAGCGGGGCGGACAGCACCUCGCCGAUUGCCACUCGGGCACGGUGCUGGGCGAGCUCGCCGUGCUGGGGCUGGACAAGAGGCGCACCGCCACUGUAACCGCCAAGAAGUUGUGCCUGGUGUACGUUCUGCACGGCGACGUGUUCCACGUGGCGCUGCAGAAGUUCCCCGAGUCCAGGCGCAUCUUCGACCGCGCGUACAUCACGAAGCUGCUGCGGCACGAGCUCCAGAAGGCCGAGGAGGAGAAAGCCGACUUGGACAAGUUCUACGGCAGCGUCCACCCCAUGAGCACCGCGGACUUCCAGGCCUACCUCCAGAACCCCGGGGCCACCGAGGCCGCGCGGCUCCAGCUCGAGAACGCGGUCGCGGUGGAGAACGCCUAG